GACACGUCAAAUAUCACAAGGAUGGAGGCAGCGUUGAGAAAUGGAUUGCGAUCACUUGAUGAGCGGGUAGACGACUGCGAUAUGGACCUACUAUGGAAUGACUUCAAGGAGAGUUUGCGACAAAGCUACGAGUUGGCAAAAGAACGAGAAGUAGCCAACCGCUACGGAAGAACACCAGCCAGCGGCCGUGGGAGCAGAAGAGAAUUACGAGCAGGGAUUCAUCAAGCAGUCGAAGAGAUCAGGCACACCCCCAUGCAUGAUCACCGAUCAAUAUGGAGUCUUCUCCGUAAAAGAUUGGGAGUUAAAGGUAGGAGUGAUACCAUACCGGGGAUCCUACAAGCCGAGGACUUCGCAGCAUACAUGAGAGAGCUGUACACACCACCAGAUUACAACCAUCCGAGGGUACCAGCGAGAGAGACAGGGAGACCCGUUGGCUAUCGGGAUCCCGAGGAGGACCCUCAACCGGCACCGGCACCACCUUCCCCGAACGAGGUCUUCGAGGCUACAGCUAGGUUGAAGAAGGGCAAGGGCCCAGGUAUCGAUGGGAUUAGCGGAGACCUUCUCAACCAAAGCCCAGUUUUGCAGCGAUGGAUCCAUAAGAUAUGUGAGAAAUGUUUCGUGGCAGAAAAGCAGCCAACUGAAUGGCUAACGAGUAAAGUGACACUCAUCAAGAAGGGCCGGAAAGCGGCAGACACAGUGAUGUCCUAUCGAACGGUGAUGGCACAAGUAGCGGCGGCGAAAAUUUACUCAGCGGUUAUAUUGGGAAGGAUCAGAGACCAGUUGGAUAAAAGGAUUCACCACUCACAAUGCGGAUUCAGAAAAUUUCGGUCUGCAGUUGAAGUCAUACAUGCUACGCAAUUGCUGAGAGAUGCAUGCAUAGCAUAUAAUCGACCCCUCUGCCUACUGAUGGCAGACUGGAAGAAGGCAUUCGAUAAGUUGGAUAGGAAGUUCAUGAUGGACUGUCUACAGGCGGCGGGUAUUCACCCAAAAUAUUUGAGAGAUUCCUAUGAUAGGAAGACCUGUGAAGUAAAGUUGGGAUCAGGAGUUAAGCAGGGCGAUAUAUGGAGCCCCAUUAUCUUCAUAACAUCACUGGAUAUGAUAUUGAGACGAAGUAUAAUAACUGCAAAGCGUGGUUUCGUCCUUCUCAGAGAGCAUGACUACAACCACCGACACACUCGAUUCUCUGAAAGAUCGUAUAGCUUACAAGAACCUAUCGGGUGCCUAUGCUUCGCUGAUGAUAUUACGGUCCCAACAAACUCUCAAGGAGAGAGUGACCUUGCACUGGAUGCGUUAGAAGAGGAGGCUGCCCCAGCAAAUCUCAGCUUGGGAAUCGGUGAACCGGAAUGUAAGACAAGGAGGCUACUUAUCAAUUGUCAACACGACAGCGAGCAUAACAGUGUGGCAGUGGUUACGGAGUAUCGGCAACUGGGAGUCUUAAUAUCUAGUGAAGCUGGAUACGUGAAGGCAAUACGUGAUCGAAUUCGAGUCGCGGGAGCUAACCUUCAUCGGCUCCACAACAUCUGGAAGUCCCACGACAUCGGUAUUCGAGGUAAGAUGGUUGUGAUGAGGUCCGUCGUCUUUGCUUCGCUCUUCUAUGGAUCGGAGACUAUGGCCCUUAACAAGGAGGAGACACAAAUGUUUAAGACGUUCUACAAUACAUGCUUAAGGAAAGUGAUUCGGUUACCUCCGAUGACGACGAUGUCUUCCAAGGAGCUCUGCGCUCGUACACGUUCAGCAGGAUGUUUGAAUGAACUCCGUGCGAGAAGAUUGAGAUGGUAUGGACAUCUAAUGAGAUCACCGGAUGAUAACGUGGCCAAGAGAUUAUUAGAGUGGAACCCGAGAGUGCACAAUGGAUCUCGAGGCGCCCAGAGUAGGGCAAGGAUUGCACUGCGAGCACUGGUCCUCGACGCGCUCGCAUGCAAAGCUACUAAACAUGAGGUAUACUUUGCGUGCCGUAAUCGAUCUGCCCCAGGUAUCAAGUAG